CAGAAUUGUGAGCGUUGUUUAGAAAAGAAAGUCGUUCAGCGUGUGUCCCCAUUUAUUGAACUCUGAGAAAAUAUUUGCUCAGAUCUCCGUAAACAAACACUUUUCAAUGUUAUUGUAGUGUCGUUUGUUAUAUCUACAGAGUGCAUAGUGAUAUUGAAACGAUUAAUAUGAGUACUAAGAGAAAAAUUAGCGAUGAUUCAGAGGAUAAAUCCACUCUAGAAAGAUGCGUUAAGCAUGGAAAGAUACAGGAGAGCGAUUGUACCUGUUCGGUUCUUCCCUAUAAAAUUGAGGCUGUAACUCCACCCGUUCAACAUGGGGAAGGACCUCAUUGGGAUCCUAAGACAAAUACUCUUUAUUACGUUGACACCUUCAAUGCCACUGCCUGUCGUUUCUGUCCAGCAAGCAAGGAUGCAAGAAUGACAAAGUACGAAUUAGACGACAGAGACUCCAUAGGGGUUAUAAUACCAGUGAAAGACAACGAAAACGACUUUAUUGUAACAUCAGACAGAUAUAUCUACAAAUUACACUGGCAUACAGAAACUAACAACAAAGGUACCUUAAGCGAGAUACAUUUCGUCGAUGAGGACAAGGAUAAGAACCAGUUCAACGACGGUAAAGCUGAUUCGAAAGGAAGGCUUUGGACUGGAACUUUAACAAGAGAGAAAGAUCUGUCAGUAUCGCCAAAUGGUGGUUGCCUCUUUAGGUUCGAUCUUGGGGAGAAGGUCACCAGGCACAUAGAAGAUGUCAGUAUUAGUAACGGAAUUGCCUGGUCUAAAGAUAAUAAGAGAUUCUUUUUUACCGAUAGUCAAACCAAGAAGGUUGUUGUGUAUGAUUUCGACGAAGAAGCAGGUACUUUAGGAGACCAUAAAGUUCUGUUCGACCUGGAGGAGCAUCCGGAACUCGAAGGGAUACCAGAUGGAUUGACUAUAGACGAAAAGGACAAUCUUUGGAUUGCACUCUUUGGAGGACAUGGGAUCAUUCACGUGAAUGGAAAAACAGGUAAGCUCAUGAAUUACCUGAAGCUACCAGCCACCUACUGCACCUCAGCAUGUUUCGGUGGACCAAACCAGGAGGUUUUAUUCGUUACCACAUCGAAUUUCAAACUGAAGAAGGAGGAAAAAGAUAAGGAGCAUCUAGCAGGGUCGGUUUUUGCCGUCACAGAUAUUGGGGUGAAAGGACCAGCUCCCUACGAAUGCGCCCUCUGAUAUAACCUACGUAAACAAUGAAUCUUAGUGAAUUUCAAUACAUAUUGUACCAGAAGUGUUCGCAAGCAGAAAUGUACCUAUUCCUAUUCAUACACAAUAUAUACAAUAAACUUUA